ACAAUCAGUACAUGACUUGCGAUACAAACACUGAUUGACAACAAAUAACACGUGAAUUGAAUCGUAAACUCAAUCAACACUUAAAUUGCAUUCAAUUUAAUCGUCGAUAUAAUGAGCGAAACAGCGGUGAAGGCUCUGCCGGACGGACCACAACCCGGACUCAAAUACCCCAUUAAAGUCCUCUAUUGCGGCGGUAAGUGUUGUCUCACGAGUGGCACAACCAUAUGAUUGUCUCAUCACUCUAUCUGAUCCGAUGGCCACAGAGUGUACGCUUCCGGUCGAGUACUGCGAGUAUUAUCCAAAUAACGCCAAAUGCAAGGAAUGGCUGGAAAGGCAUUUACCCGACGUCUUCGACGCCCUCUUCAAGACAUCCAAAGACCCGACCACUCAAUCGGCGCCCAAAACUGUGGCCGGAAGUGACGUGAAGUCGGAUACGACGGCCGCCGGCGCCGCAGCCGCUGAUGAGGACUCUGUGAAAGGCGUGGGGGAGACGAGGGGUCGCCAGAAGAGGGGCGGAAAGGCUUUGGUUAAGACCAAGAAGAAGGACGAUAUCGAGCGAUACGUCAAACUCGCCCGAAGUAAUCGCGGGAAGAAGAAAUACGUGACCGUGGUGACCGGUUUAUCCACGUAUGACAUCGACAUCAAAGUCGCGGCCAAAUUCUUCGCCUCGAAGUUCGCGUGCGGCUCAUCAGUGACCGGAACCGAUGAGAUUGUCAUUCAGGGCGACGUUAAGGACGAUAUGUUUGAUUUGUUGACUGAGAAGUGGCCGGACAUCGACGAGGACUCCAUCGAAGACUUGGGAAACAUUAAGAAAUAGCUAUUGUUUUGUACCAUAUUUUUUGGGCCAACAUUUUUUGUAAUAUCUUUAAUGUAUUCAUAAUUUAUUUGAAUAAUUAAUUAAUAAUCAAUUGUUUUGUAUUAAAAUCUAAAAAAUAA